CACUUCUUUCCCAGGGUGCUCAGUUGCAACUUCUGGUAUGAUUCCUUGUUUUCAGCAGUUGGAGAUCAUAGCUCUAAUGGUAGAGUACUCUUUAGGGCUUCAUAUACCUGAAAUUCAAAUGGCUUUUUAUUUUUACUGUCUAUGAAUCAGUCAUGAUCUAACGGCCUCAAAGUGUUUGAAAUUCACAAGUGCAUGUGCACUGUCUUACUGUAUUUUAAUGUCCACACAGCUGGAUUUCAUAGAAGGAUUGCCAGAACAUCCACUUGUUACUUCAGACAUAUAAUGCAAAGGUCCGGCCAAGAUAUGGAACCUUGGAUAUGAAACAGGAACUGCCAGACUGUGAUAUGCUAGAACUCAGUCAUAGCUAUGGAAAUAAGCUAGAAAAAUGUUUGAGGGGGAAAUGGCAAGUUUAGAAGCAAUUCAGAAAACCAAUAUUGUGAGAGUGCCUCAGCCUAUUAAGGUAAUUGACCUUCCUGGAGGAGGAGCAAUGUUUGUCAUGGAGUACCUAAAGAUGAAGCACCUCAACAAAUAUUCUUCAAAGCUUGGAGAGCAGAUAGCAGAUCUUCAUCUUUAUAACCAGAAACUUGGAGAGAAAUUGAGAAAGGAAGGAAAUACAAUUGGUAAAGGAGCCAGUUACUCUGAAUUUCAGUAUGUGGAUAAGUUUGGAUUCCAUAAGGCCACUUGCUGUGGUUAUAUACCACAGGUGAAUGAAUGGCAGAGUGAUUGGCCUUCUUUCUUUAUUCGUCACAGACUCCAGGCUCAACUGGAUUUGAUUGAAAAAGAUUAUGGAGACAGAGAAGCAAGAGAGCUUUGGUCACAGCUAAAGGUAAAGAUUCCUGAAAUGUUUUCUGGUGUAGAAAUUGUUCCUGCUCUGCUGCAUGGGGACCUGUGGGCAGGAAAUGUGGCUGAGGAUGACUCCGGGCCGAUUAUCUUUGACCCUGCUUCCUUCUAUGGCCAUUCAGAGUUUGAACUAGCCAUUGCUGGAAUGUUUGGUGGGUUUAGCAGCUCAUUUUUCUCUGCCUAUCACAGUAAAAUACCCAAAGCCCCAGGAUUUGAGAAACGAAAUAAAUUGUAUCAGCUCUUUAAUUACAUAAACCACUGGAACCAUUUUGGGACAGGGUACAGAGGACCUACCAUAAAUAUAAUGAGAAAACUUUUAAAGUAACCAGGCAGGGACUAAGUAAUUUCUCAAACCACAGUGAUUAGCAGCCUCUGCUUAUUAGAAGUAACACAAGCUAGGAAUCAAUGUCAAUGAUAAAACACACGACAAGGCUUAGUAUAAUUUGAGCCUCACUAAAUGUUAAAAGUGAUUGAUUGCCUAAUUUUUAACAUACAGUAGUUUACUAACACAGAUUCACAUGAAGAAAAAAACUGCAUUGUUUAUGAAGACUCCACUAGGUUGGGAAGUAGCAUUACACUCAACCUAACCUUAUUCUGUACAGAGUCUCACUUCUUAGCUGCUGCAUUUCCACAGUUUGCAGCUUGCCACUUCUGUUGGUCUCUCAUUACUGAGUUACUGCUGUGGGACUGUGGUGCUGAAAGUAAUCAUUGGUUUCUUAGUUUCCCCCAUUUGUUUUGUUUUGCUUUAGUUUUCUCUUCUGUCUUUGUUUUGGUCCUUUUACCCAUUUACUUUUGUGUCGUUUCUUUCCUAUGUAAGGGUUAUGAACCAAAAUUUAAGUCAGAUUUUGUGCAUGUGAAAAUAAAAACAUUCUCUUUUUUUGAUUUAAAGGUAGGCAGGGUCCUUUGGACUGCAAGUGACACUAGCAUUCCUAAUAUUUAUUUUAAUUUAAUGUAAUUAAAUGGUUCUUUUUGUGUGUGUUUCCCUGAGAAAUUCAGUUGAGUAGUUUUUCUUAAAAGCGAUGCUGCUGUAGUUCCUUGGUAAUUAAUUAUAUGGUCUGAAAAUGGAUUGUUACCACAUGUAAAAACUAUGUUAUUAUCAAACAGGCUUUAUUAUGUGUAAUACUCUGAUGGUAACAUUUAAAUAACUGUGAAAACAUAGCAAACAGUAGGAGGGAUACUUGUUUGCAUUACAAGAUCAAUUUUGCUGUGUUGGUUGGUGCCUGAUGUAUUUCACUUUUAAAAGAUAAUGUACAGUAGGCAAAGCUACUCUGCUCUGCCAGUGCUGCUUUAUCAAAGGAACAGUGUCAAACUGAAUGGAUUUAUCUUUUUUAGUAUUUCUAAUGUUCUAUUUUUAUAGGAAAUAGGUGGUGAGGAUGUGGGGAGAAAACUGUGCAACAAAGAUACUGGCAUUCAAUGUGAGCGAGGGUACAUUAGCAACAUAUUUUUUUAAUUGAAAGUAGUUAGGGAAAAAAAAGUAUGGUCCAACAAAUACUGAAGUGAAUCAGAAAUGAGAAUAAUAGAACUUAUGUUUUCAGGAUUCAGAUGGUUGUAAUGACUAAUACCCAAAAUAUUAUAUUCAGAAAUAUCAAAUGGCUUCACUUAUGUAUUAAGUGGAUGUGCUAUAAAGAUUUCUUAGAUUUUGUAAUUUAUACUAUUUAAAAAUAAUUUAAUUCUCUAAAUAUAACAUAAUUUUGCAGGAUUAUUUUUUACUUCCUUGAUUUUAGACUACAGUUAGUGGGGUUAUAACACCUGGUACAAUUAUAACAGUGGAAAAGUGGAAAAACAGAAUACAGUUGAAAUUGUAGCUGAAUGAAGUGCUGAGUCGUAGCAUUUAUUCAUGUUUGCAAUUCAGGCAUUGCACUGAAAAUACCUAUGAGCUUAAGAUGUAGUGUUGUCCAAUAAAAUACUUGUGUUGCAGAAA